GCUCGCCUUAUCUGCCCCGGCGCACGCUGCCCCGCUAUCCGAGCAUGGAGAUCCCACCUACCCACUUCCCAGCCUCCAGGGCGGCCUCGGUGGCGGAGAACUGCAUCAACUACCAGCAAGGGACUCCCCACAAGGUGUUCCUGCUGCAGACGGUCGAGCAAGCCAGCAUGGAGGAUAUUCCAGGAAGAGGACAUAAGUAUCGCCUUAAAUUUUCUGUGGAAGAAAUUAUCCAAAAACAAAUUACAGUGAACUGCACGGCUGAAGUACUCUACCCUCCAGUGGGACAAGAUACUGCACCAGAAGUCAACUUUACGUUUGAAGGAGAAAUUGGGAAGAACCCGGAUGAAGAAGAUAACGCCUUUUAUCAAAGGCUCAAGGCCACGAAGGAACCACUAGUAGCGCAGAAUAUUCCAGAUAGUUUUGGAAAUGUACCUCCAGAAAUGAAGCCAGUUCGACAUUUAGCCUGGGUUGCCUGUGGUUAUAUAAUAUGGCAGAAUUCUACUGAAAAUACAUGGUAUAAAAUGGUAAAAAUUCAAACUGUCAAGCAAGUGCAAAGAAAUGACGACUUUAUUGAGUUCGACUACACCGUUCUACUCCAUGACAUCGCGUCUCAGGAGAUCAUUCCCUGGCAGAUGCAAGUUCUCUGGCACCCACAAUACGGUACCAAAGUAAAACAUAACAGCCGUCUGCCGGAAGAGGCACAACUGGACUAAACCAAGACCCUAACGCCGGGACGGCGCGCACACAUGCUGCUUAACGAUGUCUACGCAAGUCUUCGUUUGUAUCCAGUUUAAGGAGCUAACCUAAUUCAAUCCACAAGUGUCGCUCCAUAUCAGUGUCUCGAUUACAAUACUGAA